UACUAAUGAUUUCAUUUUUUUUUUCCAAUUUUGCUUAGGUUAAGGGAGGAGGAAAAAGAAAAAAAACUUAUUCUACAGAGGGUACGAAAUUAACCUCUAGUUCACAUGUAUUGUAAUAUAAUCUAUUAUUAAUAUAUUGUCUAACAUAUUAUAAAAGCAUUUUUCUUCCAUUAAAAAGAUAUAACAUCGGGAACAAUAACUUUAUUCAAUAGCACUUAUGUACCGAAUUAACCCUAAAAUAAAUUUCUCUUUUUAAAGGAACCUAUCUCUCUCGCAGUAAUAUAGAGAGAAUCUAGAACCACUGUUUUAUUCUCUUUUCUUUUUUGUUACACUUCUCUUAACUCUAUGAAGUUUUCAAAUCUGACUUGAGCGUCAGAAGUCUCCACUAGAAACUUUCCGGUGGUCUCUUAAACGUAUUUUUCAUUUUAUAGGUUCCAUUACUUAAAACCAAGUAUAGAGAGAUCUAACAGACGGAUUACAGAAAAAUAAUCAAUUCAGUGAAUUAGACCUCUACUUAGAUGUCCUCGUCUGAACGUUUCACCCGAUUUCACUAAUACCAAAUGAGUAAUCUAAAUAGUAAUGACAAAUGCCGGUGCGUCAGAAAUUCUCCAAUCUGAUUCCAUUCACAUUGCAAACAGUGCACAUUUCUGUUUAUACUUACUAUUCAGCAUCAAACACAUAUACCCAUAUGUAAUUAAAAAUUAAUUAAAAGAGAAAGAAACAUUUCUUUAUAUUUUUUCAUGUAAUUCAUUCUCUUCCAAAGAAUCUAAGAUGGCAAAGUUGUUGGAACCUUCCAUGUCCGACCACAGACACAAUGACAAGAGCUACCCAUUUUUAUAUAUUGUUUUCUAGCUUCGUCAACUUCUAUCAUAGCAGAUAUAUAAAAUAAUAACAUCUCCAACGUCAGGAACUUUCCAUUUGAUUCCAUUCACACCCUGAUUUAUAAUCUUCUUCAACCCUUCUGCAUUAUCCAAAUUGUUCAAGCAAAUUUCAUCUGAAAUGGAUCCCAGAGACUUCCACCUGAUGAAUAAUGCUAAUAAUAAUGACUUUGAGCUGUAUGAUUUCACAGAUGAAGCCAACUUUGAUCAGUUCAUUGAUCUGAUUCGAGGAGAGAAUGAAGAUCAGAUUACUGCUGGUUUUGAUUCUGAGCUUAUCAAUGGCUUAAUGGUGGAUAAUCAGUUUAGUAACCCUAAUCAGGAAAAUGUGUUUGAUUUUAGUGCUCCUUACAUUACUAGUAGUUCAAUGGUGCCUGAUGAUCAGAGUUUUGUCCCCAUUAAUAUGACAUUGCCAAGUUUUGAAGAUGAUGGGAAAGAAGUAGAAGAAGAUAACGACGGGGAGGAAGGUUCUUCAGGAACCACCACCACCACCACACCGAGGAAGGCGAAAACUGAUCGAUCAAGAACUUUAAUUUCUGAAAGGAGGAGGAGGGGAAGAAUGAAGGAGAAGCUUUAUGCUUUGAGAUCUUUAGUUCCUAAUAUAACCAAGAUGGAUAAGGCCUCCAUAAUUGGAGACGCUGUGCAAUAUGUGCAAGAGCUGCAAAUGCAGGCCAAGAAGCUUAAAACUGAGAUUUCUGGUCUUGAAGCAUCCUUAGCAGGAUCAGAUAGAUGUCAAGGUUCAGGAAAAAAUCUAAGGAAGAUUCAAAUUGCAAACAACAAAAAUCCAAUUUACAAGAGGAUCGUGCAGAUGGAUGUGUUUCAAGUGGAAGAAAGAGGAUUUUAUGUGAGAUUAAUAUGCAACAGAGGAGAUGGGGUUGCUGUUUCUCUGUAUAGGACUCUUGAGUCACUCACAAGCUUCAAGAUUCAAAGCUCAAACUUGACCACAGCUUCUGAAACACUUACAUUAACAUUUACUUUAAAUGUUAAAGAAAGUGAGAAGGACGUGAACUUGCCAAAUUUGAAGCUGUGGAUAACUGGGGCCCUUUUCAACCAAGGAUUUGAAUUGUUUACCUCCUUAUCAGCUUAACCCAUCAUAUAAACUUUAGAGAAAUACUUAAGCUAGCAAUGUAAUUUUGUUAGUGUUCUUACAAAUUGACAAUGAAAGAAGCAUAGCCAGGUAGCCUUGGCUAGUUUUCACACAUUGAGACUUUAUUCAAUAUUCCAUCAUUCCCUAGGAUGAAUUUCUUGGCUAAAGGUGGUGUAAUAAACUGACAGAAUGAAAUUGCAGUACUUUGAAUCAAAUACAAAGGUUGAUUGGUAUUGCGUUGGAGUUUUGUAUUGGGCUGAAGACGAGUUUGGAGUCGUAGGUCAUAGCAUUGUGGGCUAGGCUAGGCUAACAAUGUAUUAGGCCUUUCAAGGCUAACAAUUUCUAUAAAUAAU